AUGGCUACCAACCUGCCACCAGACAGCCUCCCAUCAGGGCAGACACCAUCACCUACAUCCCAGGACAGGAAUUCAGAAAAAGAAGACUACAGCCCUGAGGUUUGGCACUUGAAGUUCAGAGCUUUCAGCCCCUCAGAGCAGUCAGACCCCAUCCAGGAUCUGAAGAGGAUCUCUGAGCUAUGCUACCAGUGGCUGAGACCAGACCUGAAUAGCAAGGAGGAGAUCCUGGAUCAGCUGGUGUUGGAGCAGUUCCUGAUCUCCAUGCCUCCAGAACUGCAGGCCUUAGUGAAGGAGAGUGGAGUGAAGAGCUGCACAGAGUUAGAGAAGAUGCUGAGGGAUGGCGGGAAACCACAGCAUUGGUCCAUAAUCCACUCCCACGGACAACUAUAUCUCCUUCAGGAUUCAAGUCUUAAGGCUGAAGCCACAGAGGAUGAAUGGGAUGAUGUGGAAUUGUCCCAGGAGCACCCCUGAAAUGAGAGAGAGAGGAGCCUCUCAACAGAAGCCAGGCCAUCCAGCCAGAACCCGGCAGAGACUGAAGAGCCAUCCAGCAGCCAGAAAGAAGUUUUGUUGGAUAUGGCUCCCAAGAUCAGAGAACAGGAUGACCUGAGACCUGAGCAGAGUCCAGGGAGUGACUCCCUGAAGAGCUGGGACCUCCCUAUUGAUACCUCAGGACCCUCAGCAACAAAGGGUCCUGGUGAGUUCAAGGUGGAAACUUUCUGA